AUGGCAGCACCCUUUCCAUCCCCAACUACAAAAUGGCACACGGAAACGUACCAGUCCAUAUCCCCUAUCCGUCCCGAGCUUUCUGCCAAAGGAAGGACAGUGGUAGUAACCGGAGGGGGUACGGGCAUCGGUGCAGAAACAGCUCGCCAGUUUGCCGAAGCAGGCGCAUCUCGAAUCGCCCUGCUUGGCCGUAGAGAACAACCUCUUCUCGACACCAAAUCCUCCAUUCAGCACAAGUUCCCGGGCGUCGAGGUAUUCGUGGCCGCUACAGAUGUUACAAACAAGGACCAAGUGGACGCAGCUUUCGCCGAAUUUGCCCGCGGCGGAAAAAUUGACGUUUUGGUUAGCGGUGCUGCUAUAAUUGGGCCCCAGGAUCCAGUCGGGAAUGUGGACAGCGACAAGUUCCUUGAAGCGAUUACGCAAAACCUCAAAGGGUCAUUGUCGGUUGCCCAAGCGUUUCUUUACUAUGCGUCGUCGGAUGCGGUCGCUAUCGAUAUCAAUUCGUCUGCUGCGCAUGUGAAUUUUGGACCUGGAUUUGCUGCAUACAGCAUCGCCAAGUUGGCCGUAUUCCGCCUUUGGGAUUCUUUGGCCUUUGCGAACCCAGAUUUAAGCGUGUUUCAUAUCCAGCCUGGUAUCGUGGAUACCGCAAUGAACAAAGAAGCCGGAGGUGUCAAAGCCACUGGCAUCGAGGAUCACGGCAAGUGA